AUGUCUAGUGUCUCAUACCUUGCAGGCAUACUUAAACGGAGACACAUUGAUAUUUGUGGUAUUUCUGAACAUUGGCUUUUGCCGCAUAAUAUACAUUUCUUUGACAGCAUUGAAAAUGAGUAUAAUUAUCAUGCUGUUGGUGACCAUGAUGGGGGUGACUUUGUAAAAACUAGUUCUAGAAGAGGCGGUGUAGCUAUUAUGUGGCAUAAACGUUUUGACAAUUUUGUAACGCCUUUAAACAUUGAUGAAAAUCGCGUUGUUGGUAUCCAACUGCAAAUAGCGCCAAAUCAAUACCUGUUCUUUUUUCAAGUGUAUUUACCAUGUACAAAUCAUUCUAUCAGUUCAUUCUCGAAUUACAUUGAUAAACUGUAUGAUCUGUAUAAUUUGUACUCACAAUUUGGUACAACCAUUUUUAUUGGUGACUAUAAUACACAGUGGCAUACAAUGCAAAUGUCAUCUCGUCAGAUGUUGAUGUCUCGCUUCUUGUCAGAGUGUAACUUAACAGCUGUAAAUACUUUACCAAAUUGCAAAGGCGCUACUCAUUCGUAUGUCUCAUAUGAUGACCGAUAUCACACACUUAUAGACUAUAUUUGUAUUCCUGUUGAAAUUUUAGAUCUUGUGUCAAGUUGCGAAAUUCUGGAUGACGAUUGUUUAAAUGUCUCCAGACAUAGACCUAUAAUUAUGUCUAUUUACAUGUAUAUUGAAGAAAAUUGUUACUCUUUUACAAGUUGUAAUGUAUAUAAUUUAAACUGGAAUAAGGUAACGGAUGAUAAAAUUGUGCAGUAUCAGUCCCUACUGUUGUCGGACGGGGAGUUGAUGAAUCUGGAAUAUUGUGACCUUGACACUGAUGGAAUAGAUCGGGCUUAUUACAUAUUCACAGCAAAACUUAUCGAAAGUGCUUGCCAAACGUUACCGCCCAAAUCUUUCAAACAAUAUCUGAAACCGUUUUGGAACGAUGAACUUUCUAAUUUUCACAAGAAAAUGAAAGCCAUGCGUGAUUUUUGGUGUCGUGAAGGUCGGCCACGCAAUGUGGAAAAUCAAUCAUAUAUAAACUAUAAAUCGGCAGUGUGUGUAUUCCGUCGUAUGUUAAGGCAGAGCUCAGAGAAAUACCUAGCCAUGAUGGACCAAGAACUAGAUAAAACUGCCGAAUUAGACUCAACUCAAUUCUGGAAAUUAGUUAAUUCUAGGAAAAGAAAAUCCAAGAGUGAAAUGGGAGCCGGAAUAAAACUUAACGAUAUUGUCAUAAGGGACCGCGAACAAGUUACAGAACAGUGGGGAAUUUAUUUCAGAUCUCUUUAUUCUCAAAGCGAUUCGGCUGAUUUCGAUGAAACCUGGAAACAGAAUGUAACGUCAGUUGUUAAUGACACAUUAAGUGCUAUAACCACGGAUAAGAGUGUACGCGUUUUACCGGAAGUUGUGUCGGACGCCAUAGAUACAUUACCGAAAGGUAAAGCCGGUGGACAAGACUGUGUAACAUACGAGCAUUUAAUUUAUGCAAAAGACAUUUCUUCAAGAAUUCUGGCAAAUAUAUUUACAUUUAUGCUGAGACAUGGUUACAUCCCAGAUGAUUUAAAACGCGGAAUAAUCGUUACACUUCACAAAGGUGGAAAGAAAAGGAAAGACAACCCUGACAAUUAUCGAGCAAUAACUCUGUCUUCUAUAACACUUAAAUUGUAUGAACUAGUUUUGUUAUCCAGAUGCAGAGACGUAUUACUUAAAGCAUUAAGUGCGCAACAAGGAGGUUUUCAAAAACAAUUGGGUUGCCUAAUGACGUCAUUUGUUCUUCGGGAAUCUGUAUAUUUUGCCCGUGAAUACUCUUCUAAGCUAUAUGUUUGUUACUUGGACGGAAAACAGGCGUUCGUUAAUGUAUGGCAUUAUGGCUUGUUUUAUAAACUUAUUGAAAGUGGAAUAGACCAUACGACAUUGAUAGCGAUCACAGAAAUGUAUAGAAACGCUUACAGUUGUGUAAAAUACCAAGGUUUAACAUCGACCAGUUUUCCGGUAAUGCAAGGAACCAGACAAGGAGGGAAAAGCUCUCCCUUAAUGUAUCUUACCUUUAUUAAUGGUCUAAUUAGGCAAUUAGAGGAUUGUGGUUAUGGGUUUUGCUUGUAUAACAUGAACGUCUGCUCGCCAACAGUUGCUGAUGACAUGGUUUUAGUUUCAUUUUCAAAGUGCGGGAUUGAUGAAAUGUUGAAUAUCUGUUAUGAAUAUUCCCAAAAAUGGAGAUAUUGCUACAACGCGAACAAGUGUGGUGUGAUUGUUUAUAAUGAAACUGAUUCAGGAGUCGACAAAGAUUUUCAUUUAGGUGAUGAAACUAUAAUUGUAAAAGAAUCCUACACUCAUUUGGGAAUGGAAUGCAAUAG